UCUGUAAAGAGGGCGUGUUUUCUUUCCCGGCAUCCUGUGCGAUGUAUUAGGAGUUCUAAGAUGGCGACCGUGCAUUUGAGGAUCGGGGAUUUGGUUUGGGGAAAGCUGGGACGGUAUCCACCUUGGCCAGGGAAGAUCGUAAGCCCUCCAAAGGAUUUGAAGAAGCCAAGAGGCAAAAAAUGUUUUUUUGUGAAAUUCUUUGGAACUGAAGAUCACGCCUGGAUAAAAGUGGAGCAGCUGAAGCCUUACCACCCCCACAAGGAGGAAAUGAUUAAGAUCAACAAAGGGAAGCGCUUCCAGCAGGCAGUGGAUGCAGUGGAGGAGUUUCUGAAGAAGACUAAAGGAAAAGAACAGGGGUCCCAUAAUUCCGAAGACAAAAACAAGUCAGCUGCAUCUGAUGUGAAAGGGCGAAAGAAUCCUGGGAAAGCUGUAAAACUGCUUCUGGAACAGGGGGAUGACCGGAGUGCUCUUGGAGGAUGCUGUCCUCAAAGGGAUGACAAGGAUUUAUCUGACUCUGACCCUGAGCCUUCUUCUGUUGAAUGGCUGAUGCCUGGAACAGUCACAGGAUUCAAAUGGGACAGCAGUCCAGUAAAGGAUGAUCCUCAUUUCCACUUUCUGCUCAGCCACUCUGAGAAGCCUGGUUCGUCGAUGGAGCCCAUUAGCAAAAGACUGAAGAUUAUUGAGGAGGACACGGGAUCAACUUCUAUCCAAGCAGCAGACAGCACAGCUAUCAACGGCAGUAUUACCCCCACAGAUAAACGGAUAGGAUUCCUUGGACUGGGACUCAUGGGAAGCGGAAUAGUGUCAAAUCUGCUAAAGAUGGGCCACAUUGUGACUGUAUGGAACCGCACUGCCGAAAAGUGUGACCUGUUCAUCCAGGAGGGGGCCAGGCUGGGCCGAACCCCAGCAGAAGUGGUGUCCAUGUGUGACAUCACCUUUUCCUGCGUUUCAGAUCCAAAGGCAGCUCGGGAUUUGGUCCUCGGGCCCAGCGGCGUCCUGCAGGGAAUCAGGCCAGGGAAAUGCUACGUUGAAAUGUCCACCGUGGACCCAGAGACCAUCACAGAGCUGUCGCAGGUCAUCACAUCCCGAGGAGGGCGCUUCCUGGAGGCCCCAGUGUCCGGCAGCCAACAGCUCUCUAACGACGGGAUGCUGGUUAUUUUAGCCGCUGGAGACCGGAGCGUAUAUGAAGACUGCAGCAGCUGCUUCCAAGCAAUGGGAAAGACCUCUUUCUUCCUCGGUGAAGCGGGUAAUGCUGCGAAGAUGAUGCUCAUCCUAAACAUGGUGCAGGGCAGCUUCAUGGCCACCAUCGCUGAAGGGCUGACACUGGCACAGGCCACCGGCCAAUCGCAACAGACCUUCUUGGACAUUCUCUGUCAAGGGCAAAUGGCAAGCAUUUUCCUGGAUCAGAAAUGCCAAAAUAUCUUGCAGGGGAACUUCAAACCAGAUUACUAUUUAAAACACAUUCAGAAAGAUCUUAGGUUAGCCAUUUCAAUGGGCGAUUCCGUCAAUCAUCCAACUCCAAUGGCAGCUGCAGCCAACGAGGUCUACAAGAGGGCAAAAGCAUUGGACCAGUCCGACAAUGACAUGUCUGCAGUCUACAGAGCCUAUAUCCACUGAGCCGAUAGACUCACUUCAAACUGGACCGCGUUCCCAACCUCCCUCCCCCAUAUUUUGUUUAUCAAUAUGAUCAGAUAUCUGCCUGCCUGGAAAGCAGCUGUAUUAUUUCCCACAGGUAAUGGGAACUUCCAACAGCCAAAUGUGAGCAUUGCACUGACUUUAUAAAAGAGCUAAAUAUGUGCUCUAAUUGGAGGUUUUCAACUUUAAUAAAUGUGCAAGUUUAAAAAGUAUAAAUAUACACUUUGCUAGUGAGUCAGUUUGGUAGGUGAAAUUAAUGCUGUGUGUUCUGUAUAAUUUUGAAUUUACCCACUGCAGAUAGUCAAGUAGUCUUAUCUGAUGUGUUUUGGUUAAGGAUUGUUUGUGCUCAUCUGCACACUGAGUUUAUUUUGUUUAUAUAAUUUGCUUUGAAUAUCCAAUAUUCCUUAAAUUGGGAAACUCAUAAUACAAACACCUUAGGAAAGCACCAUGACAAUGCCAUUUCUAUGCCUUAAUGUUGUAACCCAUGACUAAUAGUGUAUUUAUUUCUUUUCUUUAGCUAUCAUUAUUCUGCAGUCAGUACUUUUUGGCUGUACAUUUAUUGACCAUACUGAAAAUGGGGAUAAAUUUGUAAUGUCUUACAAAUUUAGAAUAUUCCAAUGCCUUAAAAUACAGUAUGUAUUUUUGUUUACUGUAAAAAAGAAAAUGCAGAGGUUAGUCUGAACUGUGAAACUUCAAUGUCAUUGAAUUAUGUCAAUGAGUCAUUGUACCAGUCACCUGCCCUAUUUUAAGAGGCAUGUUCAGUGUUUCUAGAAUCGCAAACUGUAAAUUGUUACUUGUGAAUUUAUUUGCAGUUUGUCUACCUGUGGUUCAUUCCAUGGCAAAAUGCUAUACAGUAACUACAAAUUGUUUCACUGUAGUCAUACAGCUAGUGUGAUUAGAAUUUUUGGUGGUGGGGGCCUAUAAUUGUUUUAUAAUGCAAAGUGUGAAGAGCAGCGAAACUGUGAGAAUAAUCAUUUGUGAAGGAGGCUUUUUAUUAGCCCACCCCCACCCCCCGUGCUGCCUUUAUGGAUUUAAACCCAGUUUUGCAUGUUCACACUUUAUUUUAGCUUUAACAUUUCUUCAUUGAGAGUAGGGAAUACUGCCACAGGUUGAGUGUUUAAGGAAGCACAGGCAGUGGGUAAAUUUAGCCAUGGUCAAGGUAACAAAGUGAAUUACUUUUUUAUGAAAGAAAUGGCAUUCAUAUGAAUUCAUAUUUUAUGGAAGUUUAAUUUGCUAGAAGAAGAAAUUAUAAGCUAAUUUUGUAAUGUUUUUAUCCCUUUUUAUUUGAGUAAAUAUUGUUUAUGACAAUGUAAUUUGAGAAAGUUUGAUAAGGUUUAUAAAGUGUUUUAAAUCAUGUGCAGCCCGUGGCAUUCUGCAGAAAUCCCACUUAGUUUCUUAUGGAAAAUUAGUUUGCAUGUGCAAAACUGGUCAAAAUCAUCCCACUUCUGUUUGAUUUAUAAGCGUUUUCUUCUACCAAAUACAGAUGUGAAUUGGCUGUUACACAGAGCUGUGUAUAAAAACCUUUUAUUAAUUUAAAUAUGAUGUAAAUAGCCCAGUCAGUCACAAGGCGGUGAUAUGCUUUUGAUUGGACUGAAUUUAUUCAUCAUUUAGUGUCUUAUUACUGUAGAUUGUUCUGUUAAGUGUUUGCUUCUGGGUUUUGUUCCUGUUUUGUUCCUUUUAUUGUGAAUUGAUUACUGACCUAUAGGACACAUGCAUUCACUGAUCAAGUUAAAAGGCAUGGAGAAGUUGACUAAUUAGUCACAUACGGUGUUGCAAUUUUGUCUGGGGAAUAUUUAUAAUUUGGUAUACUGUUGGAAAUGUCCAGGCAUUUUGUGUAGUUAAAUGAAGCCUUUGCUGAUUAAAGAAGCAAAAUACUCA